AUCGCCAACUGACGCGUCCAGGACUUAAAUCACUUUCGCUAUAUCACAGGCGUAGCUUAGAUGACAUUGGGUGAAUGAUCUUAUUCUUACUGUUCGCAAACAAUCGUAACCCCAAUUGAACGCAUUCAAAGUCACCUCUACGUUAUAUUAACGACUCUAUAUCCGACGUCGACACAUGCCCUCUGGUCCGCCUAUAACGCCACCAACUUCUUCUGGUCCCCCGCCUUCGAGUACCACAGGUCCGGUCGAGCCGGCGAGCUUCUAUGCCACUGGCUCCGGACAUCCUCCGCCCCUCCCUUCUCGUCCCAAGAAUCAGAACCUGGGAUCGCAGCACACGAAGAUCGCGUCCAUCUCAACGCCUCCUCCCACAUACCACGACCUAGACCAUAGCUCGUUCCGCGAACCGCAGCUCGUUGAAGAAGCCCUCAUCGGCGACGAUCAAAUUCCAGACCUCAUCCCACCAGACAACACUUCCUCCUGGGCGGGCUCAUACCACACGCGCGGACGCACGAUGGAUCGAGGGAACGCGACGGAUAACACGGGGUGGAGCGGCGGCGGCGGCAGCGGCGAGGCAUGGGAGACGGGCCCUACGCCCUGGGAUGGCUCAUGGGGCGGCAGCAACACAUACGGCGCCUCGGGGUGGGGUUCCACCGUCGCGCCCGUGACAGAUAUCGACGGGCGGGAUAAAGACGAGGAGGAGAAUUGGUGGGACCCAGCCGUGCGCGAGCAGCACAGGAGGCCAGGACCGGGUAUCCUGCCCCCGCGGGUGGCAGAGUACUUGCAUGAUCCUGAGCAUUCGCUCUUCUCUGUGAGCAUCACGCCUCCGGAUCUCAAGCCUAAGCCUGCGCAGGACACGGCCGAAACAUCGACUUCGAACCGUUCGGCGGGGGCUAACCCUCCACCCUCCAAUGACGAUCUCAUAUAUGCCAUCCCGCACCCAAAUGCGUACUACUGCCGGAGAGACAAUGGCUGGGUCCUACUCCAAUGGAAAUCCUCAUCUAUCCUUCCUCCACUCGCCAAGUCCUUCAAACCGGAAAAUUACAAUCCAUUCCCUGACCAAGAACGCCGCAAGCGCACGACGUCUUGCCUAGGAGAGCAACCGUUCGGACAGAUGAACAAGACCCACCAUUUCCAUCGCUACGAAAAGGCUGUCGACGCCAAGAUGCUCAACCCACCUUUCUCCAGAACUGGCUGGGAAGGUAUCACGCAGUCCGCUUCGUCUUCUGCUUCGGGCACACCUAGCUCAGGACCGUCUGCUACACCCGCCGAUGAGGCCAACAUGGACGAGGAUCCAAAGCCAGAAGAGGAGGGUGACUUGUUAGAUCUUUACGUCUGCUGUCAGUGUUCGCUGUAUUGUGUGGUUUCGGGUGUCAUUCCAGGUGUCGCGGCUUCCAAGUACGUCGACGAAUACUCCAGAGAUCGGUUCAGCAAUCCCGCGGUUGGCAAGAACCCCCAAGAAAGUGUGAUAGCAGGAUGGGAGACAUUCCUCACCAUCGUUGAAAACAGAUUAUGGAAGAACGAGGUGCGGCCCUUGCCCGUCCACCGCAAGACGUUCCAAGCCAAGAUUGGUUGGUCGGAUACUGUCCGCGUCAUGUUUGAGGCAAUAGGGUUCGUCCUGAAGGAAACGGAGGGCCCAGGUGAUACCCGGGAAAUGUCGCUCAACCCACCGACAACAGACAUCGAGACGGCAGAAGGCAGGCGGAACCGCGCGAGAAUGCUUCGCUUCUGGGUAGAGUUGGGCGCGUGGGUGGCAGACUAUCAUAAACGCUUCUCUAUUAAUUUGAAGGAGUACAAGGCGCACUCGAUGUGGAUCAAGAUCGAGAGUGCACGCGAGAUGUACCAGACUGGUAUCGGUGCUCAUCCAGAUCAAUUGGCACGAGCACUACCUCCCACUUCGCUGACUUAUGGACCAAUCGAGCACUCUUGGGAGAGUUUAGGGAUGACGGCCACUUCUUAUUCCUGGGAACUUCUCAAUUUCGCAUACAUGGCUCAAUGUCGGUGCGAUCCCAAGAACACGCCCAUAUAUUUCUCGCAUUUUUAUGGCAUCGUCCGGACCAUGCAAGAUCGUGGCGACAUCCCGCCUCAGGAACUUCAAAACCUUGUCAUGGAAGAACGCGGGCGCGGGCGUUACACAGACGAGGACUGCAACCGAGCAGCUGAAGCACUCGGAUUUGGCCCAGAAGGCCCUUUGCGAGUCGAGCUGGACAACGAUGUGCCGGAGGAGUUUAUCGCGGACGCCUGGCGAGAUGCGGUUCGCCGUGCGUGGAGAGACCCAGAAAACUGCUCUCAGCUGCAGAGGGACGCGAACGACGCCUUCCGAAUUAUCGCAGAGGCACGGGAGAGCGCGAAGUUGCGAACACUUUGGGCGGAGUCAUCUCGUAAUAUCAUGGAUCCAUCAAGAGCGUAUACUGUCCUUGAGGUUCCCACCGACGUAGAGGAUUCUAUGCUUCUAACAGUUUAUUGCAUGCGGGUGGAGGAGCAGCCAUCGCAGUCAGAUCGCUGGCGAGAGGCUCUUAAUGCCAUCGCGGAAGUCCGAGACAGUGCUAGACUUAGACAAUUCUUGGAGACUGGUCAAGAUCCCGGCGACGUGGUGAUGUCUGCGAGACCAGAGCUUCCUCGUGGUCUUAAUCAACUGGGAAAUACCUGUUACCUUAACUCAUUAUUACAGUAUUUCUAUACCAUCAAGGAUUUACGAGAGACAAUUGCGCCAUUGGCAAAUACCGACAUCAAAACCAUUGAGGAAGAGAAAUUUUCUGACGAUGACCUCAAACGCCACCGAGUUGGCGGCCGACUUGUUACCCGGCGCGAAAUUCUUCGUUCCAAGAAAUUCGUCAGAUACCUGGCUGAUCUGUUUUGGCAGCUGGAAUAUUGCGAGCUCGCAUCAGUAACGCCUGCUGAGGAGCUGGCGCGGCUAGCGCUGGUCACCUCGCGAGACGAAGAAGACGACGAAGCAGAUCGCGGAGGUACGGAUGCAUCCAACGAUACAGACGCUACCUUGGUUGAGGAUGGCCCCGCAUCAGUCCAGCCACCGGCAGCAUUGUCGCGCCGCGACUCCAUCCUGGGCAAACGCUCCCGGGACGAGGUGGCAAUGGACGUUGACAGCUCUAACUCAAGCAAGCCAUCAACGUCCACGUCAACGGCGGAGCAAGUCGAAUCACCGCGUAGGUCUAAAUUUCCUCGAUUGCGUGGUGAAGCCAAUGCUGGACUUUCGGCAGCGAACACGGCGAAGACUGCUACGGCGGAGACACAAGACGUGGAGAUGCAAACACAACAAGCAGAGGUGCCAAAACCGCCGCCACUUCCUGCACGGAAAUCGCAAGUGGCUUCGGAGUCCGUUAUGAUGUUUGGGAAACAGCACGACGUCUCGGAGUGCAUGGAUAACUGCCUGUUCCAAAUUGAGAUUGCGCUACUGAAGUUUGACGGGAUGAGCGAUCAAGAGGACAAGGGGAGUGUGGUUAAGAGGCUGUUCUUCGGCAAGAUCAAACAACGCCUUAGCGCACUGUCCGAGGCUGAUGUGAAGGCCAAGUCGGCUUCUAUUCAUGAAAAGGAGGACCUCUUCUCUCACCUCCCUGUCAACGUCGCGGAGCACAGUUUUGAUAUAUACGACGGGCUUAGCGGAUACUUUGACGAUGUGGUCGAGUAUGAAGGCAAGAAAAACCGUAUGGAAGUUUCUCUUGUCGAUCUUCCACCACUCCUGCAAAUCCAGCUUCAGCGCGUACAAUUCAAUCGCGAGACUCUACAAGCGUACAAGUCACAGGCAUACGUCAAGUUUGAGGACAUGAUCUAUAUGGAUCGGUACCUUGACACUGCGAAUGCCGAGAAGAAGGCGAAGGCGAAGGAAAUUCAAAAGGAGCUGAAUACCAAGCGCGAGCGAUUGCGGACACUAACUCACGAGAAGACGUCCUAUGUCGAGUCGCUGAAUAGCUCCCUCGAUUUCCUUUCGAAGCAAGAAAGUCUCCCCAUCCCAGACGUUGACGAGGAGUUGAUUUCACAGCUCAAUAGCGAACAAGAUCAUCUUAAAAUCGAGAUCGAAGAACUUCGGAAACAGAUCACCAGCCUCAAGGACGACCUAGAACUUGUCUGGAGUGACGAGAAACAGGUUGCUUAUGAACUGACGUCGGUGUUCAUCCACCGUGGCUCUUCCCCUUCCUGGGGACACUAUUUCUUCUAUUCGCGGCAUCUCCCAGAAAAGCCCGACGUCUGGUACAAGUACAACGACUCGAGUGUCUCGGAGGUGUCUAAGAAUGAGGUAUUUGCGGACACGACAGGAUCGACCGCAAACCCUUAUCUGCUUGUGUUUUCCCGAAAGGGCUCUGACGUUAUUGACACUGUGAAGCGGACGGAUCCCAUGGCGCUUGUGAUUGACGCUGCCGAUUAAUUUGCUUUCGACGUGUAUUGCUCUUGUACUAUCCGUGCUUUGUUAUCCAUGCAUCUGCAUAUGACUCGAACCGGACUUUUGGAAGCUAGGUUCUGGCAAACAUAUGCAUCGUAGUAUAUUACAACAUUAAAAUGUAAACCUGAAUUCCC